AACGCUGUCCGUAUCAUGGCCGCGGGAGCCGGGACGGCGGGCCCUGCUUCCGGCCCGGGCGUCGUGCGUGACCCGGCGGCGUCACAGCCGAGGAAGCGGCCCAGCCGGGGGGGCGGGGAGGGCGCGCGGCGAUCGGACGCGAUGGCGGGAGGAGGCGGGAGCAGCGACGGCAGCGGGCGGGCGGGCCGGCGGGCGUCCCGCAGCGGCGGGCGGGCUCGGCGGGGGCGCCACGAGCCGGGGCUGGGGGGUCCUGGGGAUCGGGGUGCGGGGGAAGCACGGCUGGAAGAAGCGGUCAACCGCUGGGUGCUCAAGUUCUACUUCCACGAGGCGCUGCGGGCCUUUCGGGGUAGCCGGUACGGGGACUUCAGGCAGAUCCGGGACAUUAUGCAGGCUCUGCUUGUCAGGCCCCUGGGGAAGGAGCACACGGUGUCCCGGUUGCUGCGGGUUAUGCAGUGUCUGUCGCGCAUUGAAGAAGGGGAGAAUUUAGACUGCUCCUUUGAUAUGGAAGCUGAGCUUACACCCCUGGAGUCAGCCAUCAAUGUGCUGGAGAUGAUUAAAACCGAGUUUACGUUGACAGAAGCGGUGAUCGAAUCCAGCAGAAAGCUGGUCAAGGAGGCUGCUGUCAUUAUUUGUAUCAAGAACAAAGAAUUUGAAAAGGCUUCAAAAAUUUUGAAAAAACAUAUGUCUAAGGACCCCACAACUCAGAAGAUGAAAAAUGAUCUCCUGAACAUUAUUCGAGAAAAGAACGUGGCCCACCCUGUAAUCCAGAACUUUUCCUAUGAGACCUUCCAACAGAAGAUGCUGCGCUUCCUGGAGAGCCACCUGGACGACACAGAGCCCUACCUCCUCACGAUGGCCAAAAAGGCUUUGAAAUCUCAGUCUGCUGCCUCGAGUACAGUGAAGGAAGACAAACAGCCAGCACCAGAGCCUGUGGCAAAGCCCCCAAGAGAACCAGCAAGGCAGCUACAGAACACACCAACCACCAUUGGAAUCACAACUCUGAAGGCAGCUUUCAAGGCUCUGUCUGGUGCACAGGAUUCUGAUGCCGCCUUCUCAAAAUUGGACCAGAAAGAUUUGGUACUUCCAAAUCAAGUGACCCCACCAUCACCAGCCCUCAAAAACAAGAGACCAAGAAAAGAUGAAAAUGAAAGUUCAGCCCCUGCUGAGGGCGAGGGCAGCUCAGAACUGCAGCCCAAGAGCAAGCGCAUGACGAUAAGCAGAUUGAUUUUGGAAGAGGACAGCCAGAGUACUGAGCCGAGCACAGGCCUCACCUCCUCCCAGGAGGCUGUUCCUGCAUCACCACCCAAGCCCACGGCUCUCAACCAACCCCGCCCCAGGGAGAAGAAUUCCAAAGUGCCCAAGAGCAAGUGGAACAGCUCUAACGGGGUGGAAGAAAAAGAGACCUGGGUGGAAGAGGACGACUUGUUUCAAGUUCAGGCAGCACCAGAUGAAGACAGUGCCAGCAUGAUAGCAAGAAAGCAGAAGUGGACUGUAGAAGAAAGCGAGUGGGUCAAGGCUGGUGUGCAGAAGUAUGGGGAAGGAAACUGGGCUGCCAUUUCUAAAAAUUACCCAUUUGUUAAUCGAACAGCUGUGAUGAUUAAGGAUCGCUGGCGGACCAUGAAAAAACUUGGCAUGAACUGAAACAAGCCUUCAUUUCCACAGGAUUCACAGGAGCCUGGUUCCUAAUUAUAGUCCUGGUAGUCUGCUGUUCUUUCAGAAGCUGGGCUGGGCUAAGGAUUUGGGCAGCCUCUGUCAGCACGGGGAUGUCCCCGCUCCACUUCCUCACUGUGGGAGAUCAUGGAGCCAAGAAGCAAAGCCAAUCUGCCCCGUGUCCUGGCAGAGGUGACAGGCACGCAGCUUGUGUAGUGCCAGAAUAUCCUUAGGAUUUCCCUUUUUUAGUGGUUUGCUUACAUUUAAAUCCCUGGUAAUCUGUAGAAUCUUCUAGGAAAUGAUGGAGUCUAUUAGGAGCCACUUAUGACCCCAUGAUCUUUUAAAACCAGCAACAUGAGCAUUUUUUGGAGUGAACUUGUUCAAUGUAAAAUGUUGGCCUUCUGAUGCAAAUUGAAAGGAACAUCAUCUGUUUGUUAGGAGCCCAGGUUGGUAAGAGCAGUCCUUGUGGAAUCAGACUCCCUUUAAAAACUGGAAACAGUUGUGAUCAACCCCAGACCUGACUGCCCUGGCAAUGCCUCUUAAUAUCUGCUGGACUGUGUAGGCAGGUUUGUCCUCCACUUCUCAUGUGGUUGAACCAGUGUGUUUUAUGGUAAAAUGGUGAUUGUAGAUAAGCUUAGCUACACCCCUUUCCUUCCCAGUCCCCUCCCUUAGCUGAAUUUUAAAGCUAAAAACAAAACAAAACAAAACAAAAAAACAAAUCCUGAUUGAAUAUGAAUGCCCAGUUCCAUUCUUUGUGAAAUGGUUGCUUCCGCCCGAUUCUCUACUUGUGCUGUGUUAGUGUCUUGCACUGGAAUUCAAAAUUCCCUUCUCCUUUUGUACUGUGUUGUGCUUGCUGUCUCUCUUGGACAUCCUUAAAGACUGUCUUUUUAGCAAAAAAUUUCAGUAAAGUGUUUUCUGUAAUCUUUUUUUAAAAUAUGAGAACUAAUUAUUGUCCAUACUUGUAGCAUUCUUCAUUAAAGUCUUGCUUCUCUCAGA